AUGCUUUCCGCAGUGCUCAGCGCUUGUAAAUCUGUGCCAAACACCGGAGAGGUCUUCAUCUCUCCAGUCUCCACAACUCGAUGGGACCAAUACCAAGAUCAGUUCCAACCGACAUACACACUCACCGAAGAGCAAGCACUCAAGCUGGCAGUGCCUACAACGAUUCAGCUUGAGCAGUCGAUUCUGGACUCAGUCGCUGCAGCCGCGAAGAUCAAACUCAUCGGAGGCGAGUUCCCAGAAGCUGACCAGAUUUCCGAUGUCACUCCCUCAGAUACUUCAGAUCCACAGCAACCCGCAUCCACACCCAGCGCAAAGGAGGUGCUCGAUACGGACAAACUCGAUGUCGACCCACGUCUGCAGUACUUACUCGCAACAGCGCUGUGGCAAGAGAUUCAGAUUCUGAACCGUUAUGUGAGCGACGCCGCGUUUAAGCACAAGAUUCAGAGUCGAGAGUUUGUCCCCUAUGUCGUCAGGAUGCAGGUCUCGAAUCUCCCGAGCAGCGUCAAAUCGUCAUAUGUCGCGGAUAUCGAUCUCAACUUCAGUAGCGAUCAGGAUGAACAACCAAUCGUGGUCCCCCUCUUGAUCAACGACCAUAUCGAGGCGGCCCUUGCUUCUCGACGAAAUGAGGAAGUCCGCCGAGUCGCACUCUCACUCGCGGCGAUGUUCAAAGGAAUCGGCGCGGAUCUGAGUCUUGAAACGCUCAACGCGGAACUCAAUCGAUCGCUUUCACGCGAGAUGAACUCCUUGCUGACGGUAACGAACACAAGCCAAUCUUCACUAAGAAUCCGGCUUGGCCCACGCAGAUAUGCGGAAAACGAUUACCGCGCCUCAAGCGAACCGCGCUUUGUCACCGUGUUGCUGCUGAUCCCAUCAACCGAGCUAACUGAAAAAGAUCGAGCAGGUUUAAACUACGACCGGGGAAUGGUUGCUGAUCCCAUCUCGGCAACUGCACAGUACACCUACAAGUUGCACGAUCCGAUUUCGGGCCUGAAAACUAUUGACCCAAACGAAGCGAAGGCGCAGAAAUUUGUUGUCGAGGGGAGACGCCCGCGAUACCCGUGGUUGCGUGAGGUACAGACAGCUCUCGCAUACGAUGACGGCAACACCACAGUUGUCACCCUCAACGAUGCGGUCAAUAUCAUCCCAGACAAUGUAGUCGCAACAUGGUUCUUUAAAGAUGGAACUUCAGAAACUGUGCAUGCGAUCUCGUCUGGAGAAACCAAAUACAAUGGAAACGACAAGCAACUGGUCUUCAAGUUCCCAUCACUCAAACGGAUGGGCAUCACUCCACACAAUACAGACAAGAUCCCGGAUCGAUACCGGAGGUAUCAGCUCUCAAGACUUGUUAGUGAUGUCACAAUCGAAAAAGAAGACUCAGUCGAGAAGAAUGUCUACCUCUUCUAUCCAUGGAUAUACAAAUCGAAAGACGCCCCGACACUCAAGCCAGCAGCGAAGCUUGUGGUGAAUCGCACCAAGGUAGUGCCAGACAAAGGCACCGAUACCAUCAAGGUGCACAUCAUUCUGCCAACAGAUAAAGACAAGAACCCGAUCAAAGGGUUCAAACUCAUGGUCGAGGGUGCAGACGCAACAAUACUUAGCGUUGUGCCCAAAGGUGGAGCAGCACCUCCUGCAAAGGAUACAGAUCGGAUCCAAGAAGCAAGUACCAGUAAUUCCAAAGCGAGCAUCAUCAUGGCCGGCGGUCGAGAAUAUUCCAGCUACCAACGCAAGGUCAUCAAUCGCUACUACGACAACCAGGACACCAUCCUCGCGACCCGAUUGGGGGAGAUCGUGACGGACAUCGCGCUCGCGCAGGACGAUCAGAAAAAGCUCGAUCGGCUCUGGAAACGAGCCGAGCAGGCGCUCUCCAAGACCAAUCUCAAACCAGAAUCCUGGAAAAAUAUUGUCCAGAACCGCGAUCCCAAGCAGCUAGCGCAGCUUCUUGCCAAGCUCGCGUGA